AGCACAGAGCGGGCAGGCGACAGCAUGUGCACGCGUCCGCGGUAGGCGGUAGAACUGUAGCAGGACGGAUGGCUGGCUGACGUGUGGGCCCGGGGUGGCAGGUGGUGAUCUGGGUUGGCUGACCACUAGUUAGGCCCAGCCCAACUCCGAUGUUCGAUCGCAUCAGCGCCCCCCAAAGCAGCCUCCUGGUGUAGCUAGGGUUUUCGUCUCCGCGGCUUGCUCUAAUCCUCUCCAGGCACGCGAGGGGCGCAGCGUUGAUGGCGGCGGCACCGGCACCGGCGGACGCGAAGGCGGAGGCCGCCAAGAUGGACCUCCUCGAGGACGACGACGAGUUCGAAGAGUUCGAGAUCGACCAAGAAUGGGAUGACAACGAAGAAGGCAAUGAAGCCGUCCAGCAGUGGGAGGAUGAUUGGGAUGACGACGACGUGAAUGACGAUUUCUCACUGCAGCUGAGGAAAGAGCUGGAGGGAAAUAAUGCCCAGAAGAGCUGAAGUAGUAUUUCUCUAGUUUAUAGAUGAUAAAUGAUUGUUAUAUGCCAGCUACUUUCGGAACCGUGAUGUGCUAUGGAUGGGUUGAUAUGGUUGUGCUAUGUGAACGGCAGAAAGUUUACGGACAUCAGUCGGCAAUGUGACAGCACUGUACCUGUUCCGGUGGAACAUAUCUCAGUUGUCGUUAGGACAGGUCUCUAUCCGAAACGCUAGAAACCCCACUUUGCGUAUCUUAACUGUUUCUACUUACGUCCAAUCUCGUUCUUUUAGCGACAUGAGAUAAACACUGAGGCCUUGUUUAGAGCA